AUGCAUUCGUUGUUAUCCCGUGCCAUGUUGAAAACAGCUCGGAGCAAGACUGAAGAAUCAGAGGAUGAAGAAUCAAUGGAUGGGAAAUCAAAGGAUGAAGAAUCAGACAAUUGGAAAUCAGAGGUUGAAGAAUCAGAUGAUGAAAAAUCUAAAGGAUGGAGAAAGUUAUGGUAUCGAGUCCCAAAGAACGCAAUUGUUGGCGAGAGUUGUGUGGUUGCAUGUCGUGUAUGUGGCUACAUCUUUAGAGACUCAUGUUGUGCUGAUUGUGGUCUGAGCGUAGGACGUGCACUUCUUAAGGAAUGUACAAUCUGUGGGAAGGAAGAAGAACACUCAAAUUUGAGUGCCCGGAACGCAAGGAGAAACGUAAGAAUUCUGGUUUUACUUACGACCCUUAUACUGGUUCUUUUUUUGUCGAGAUUCGCCCUUUGA